AUGGUAGCCAACGAUCCCAGUCCUUCCCUGUGUCACUCACGAACUUCUGCAGCAUCCUCUUCAGGGUCUGUUUCAUCAACCGAGAGGAGCUGUAAUGGUGCGCAGGGGAAAAGCUUCUGGGAACCGUGUAGCAUAAUCACAGACCACCAGGAUGUAUUCGUGACCGCUACUGCUCUUAGGUCUCAGUGGAGCGGUUUGAAUGGGAAGACGCUGAUCCCCACCAGACGGCCGUGCAGACGCUCCUCGUCGAGCGUUGAGAUACUGCAGCGCAAGCCGGGCAGCGGUGAGGCCAUCCUCCGGGUCGUGCUCCUUCACCCACGUCCUCACGUCAGCUGGAAGCACACGCAGCAGCUGCUCCAGGAUGACGAUCUCCCCGAUCUGCUCCUUGCUGUGUUGCUCUGGGCGGAUCCAGCGACGGUAGAGGCCCUUCAGGCGGUGGUAUGUCUCAGUCGGAUUCUCCCCAGAUGGCACCACAGUAGACCGGAACUGCUGACGGCCUCCAACGCCUUUCCGGACAGCAGUGGCACCAGGCGACAUGCCCACUCAGUCUCUGGCCAUCUCCACGUCCUGGCAAUCCGUUCAAAACGUAGCAGCUGGAGUCCUCUGCAGCUGAGCUUGGUCCAGCGGCUUGGGGGCUGGUGUUCAGCCUUCGACCAGAAUGGUCCUCAGCCCUGGAAAAAGAGGCUUCCAAACCUUGGAGGGCAGCGAUGAAUCUGUCUUCCCGCUGCUGCUGUCCAUGGAGGAAGUCCCUCAUCAUGGCCGCCAAGUCACUUUCUGGGCCUUUGGUCAGGCCUGGAGAGCCACCGGAGGCACCAGGAUCCACCACCUCCUCCUCAGAGGAUGAAUUGGACAACAGAGGGACUGCAUCCGAUGUUGGUUCCAUCUCCUCCUUCUGGGAACGCAGACCUCUGUGUCUCACCUUUUUGCGGCCAGCCAUCUGCUUAUCCCACUUCUGACACCAACUGUCGUGGGUCCCACCAGGGAAUGAUUGGGCAGAGGCGCCAAGGUGAAAGUAUUCUUGACUUUAAUGCAAGAACAGAGCACACCAAUUGCUCCACAAAGGU